AUGCAUUUAUGGGGAGGUUGGGAAUCGCGUGUAAUUGAAUACCCUUAUUCUGCAAGUUCUCUUGUAGGGAAGGGCCUAUCUACAACUGCCAUGAUUUCCUCUCCAACAAGUGUGAUUCGAAUUAAUCAUGGUGCCAUUUUCUUUGCUGAUUAUGGUAAUAAUCGAAUUCGAAAAUUAACACCAUUCUGUGAAAAGGGUUAUCGAUUUGAAUACUCGAGUCAUGAAUGUUUUCCAGAAUGUUAUGGAGUGUCUCCAAAUAGUAAGGACAGUAUUUGUGGAGGCCCUUCCAGAGGACAGUGUAUAGCACCCAACACAUGUCAAUGCAAAAGUGGAUACAGUGGAUCUAAAUGUGAAUAUGCUACAUGUUAUGGAAUUUCAGGAGAUCAACUUUCUCGUGUUUGCAACGGAAGAGGCAAAUGUUUAUUUACCAACACUUGUAUCUGUAAUAAGAAUUACACUGGAAAUAUGUGUCAACACACCUCUUGUUUUGGCAUUGAAAGUUUCAAGAAUGACAUGGUGUGCUCUGGAGGACGAGGAGAAUGUGUCGAUUACAACAAGUGUUUCUGUCGAAAGGGAUAUUACGGAGAGAAGUGUGAAUUUCAGGACUGUUUUGGAAUGAUUUCGAAUUUCACACAAGUGCAUCAGGUUAUGUGCUCCUCUCACGGAACAUGUGUCGAUGUCGAUCAAUGUAAUUGCACUCAGGAUUAUUAUGGUACACAUUGUAAUGUGACGACAUGUUAUGGAGUUGCAAGUAAUGACACCUCCGUAUGUUCCUCCAAUGGAAAAUGUUUGAGUUAUAAUGUUUGUGAAUGUCAAGAUGACUUUACUGGAUCUAAUUGUGAGAUACCCAAAUGCUUUGGCAUUCCACAACAUAAUUCUUCCUUUGUGUGCAGCGGUCAUGGAAUUUGUCAAACAAAUCAUUCAUGUUUGUGCGAAAAAGACUGGACUGGAGAGGAUUGCUCCAUACCUCAAUGUUUUGGAUAUUCAGCCAAGGAUGACAGGGUCUGCUCAGGACAUGGAACAUGUGUCAGAAAUAAUACGUGUGAAUGCGGUAAUUAUGAUCAAUAUGAGGGAUUCCAAUGUGAAUUGUUUAAAUGUUUUGGAAGAUCACAAAACGACUCGUCUCAUGUCUGUUCGGGACAUGGUCAUUGUAGAGAUUUGGAUACUUGUCAAUGUGAAUCAAAUUACUCAGGACUAGAAUGUGAAAUACCUUCAUGUUAUGGAAUUUUUGCAAAUGAAACUCAAACUGUCUGUAAUGGCCAUGGGUUUUGCAAAAAUGUCGAUGAAUGUCAGUGUUUGGAAAAUUAUAUGGGUCAACAAUGUGAAAUAACGAAUUGCUUCGGAAUACCAUCCAAUGAAACGAAUAUUGUGUGUAAUGGACAUGGUGUAUGCUCUCAUACCAACACAUGUCAAUGCUUGGAUCAUUAUUUUGGGGAAUAUUGUCAAGAAACGUUUUGUUUUGGAAUCGCCAGCAAUGACACAACUGUUUGCAAUAACAGGAAUGGAACUUGUGUUUCAUUCGAUCAUUGUCAAUGCCAUGAAGGAUGGUUUGGAGAGGAGUGCCUUGAUACCAAAUGUUUUGGAGUAUUUUCAAAUUCAAGCGAGGUCUGUAGUGGUCAUGGUCAGUGUAUAACUACGGAUCAAUGUCUGUGUGAAAAAGGAUAUUAUGGAAAAGAUUGUGCCAUUUUCAAAUGCUUUGGAGUAGACUUUUCAAACUCCUCGGUUUGCAGUGGAACAGGAAAAUGUUUGUCCAAUGAUUUGUGUCAAUGUGAAAAUGAUACCAUGAGCCAAGAUUGUUCUCUAUUAUAUAUUAAGGCAUACUACUUGAACAUUACUUUUUCACAUUUGGAAAUUUUGAUGAACAUGACUCAAGAGGUUACACUUGUUGUGGAAAUUACACAUCCCUUGUUGUUGAAAUACUACACUGAAAAACCACUGCAGAUUUCUAUCGAGUUCGAUUUAGACGGUGAAAGAUUCAACGUUACUAACAAGAUGCUGGCCGUAGAUGUCACUCACAACUCGAGCUGGCAUUUUCGAUUACCAAACAUUCAACAAGAAGGAAAUUUGACUGCAAGUGUGUUACUGAAAGAUGUGUUAAGCUCUCUUCAAAUAUCUGAGACUGCACAUUCGGCAAAUACUUUGAGAAUUAUGACCUCAUCUCUUGACCAUCAUCCACCUGAGCUUUCGAAGCGACCAGCACCUCCUUCUUUAUCAUCUUCAUCAAUCCACCAAGAAAAGAAUAAGGACAGCGACGUAAUAGCACUUGCAGUUGGAAUUAGUGUCCCUGUUGGAGUGGUCAUUAUUGUUGCUGGAGUUGUUGCUUCAUCUGCAGCGCUUGUUGUAAUUCUCAAAAAGAAAGCAGCCGCAAAGGUGGCUGCUAACAUUGCCCUAGCUCAGGAUGUGUUGUUGGAAGAGGUGUGA